UUUCUGCAAAACCCUCGACGACAUCAGAAAUCGUUUGGAGAGGGAGACGGGGAGACGGGGAGACAUCGAUCUCGUCCCAGCGCUCGUCGUCUUGGUUUGGAGCUUGAGAGAGGAGGAGGAGGAAGGAGGAGAAGAAGAUGGGAGAGCGGAAGGUGCUGAACAAGUAUUACCCGCCGGAUUUCGACCCUUCGAAGCUGCCCAGGGCUCGGCGGCCCAAGAACCAGCAGAUCAAGGUCCGGAUGAUGCUUCCGAUGAGCAUCCGGUGCAACACCUGCGGGAAUUACAUCUACAAGGGGACCAAGUUCAAUUCCCGGAAGGAGGACGUGAUCGGCGAGACGUAUUUGGGGAUCCAGAUAUUCAGGUUUUACUUCAAAUGCACCAAGUGCUCUGCUGAGCUCGCGAUGAAGACGGAUCCGCAGAAUUCGGAUUACAUCGUGGAGUCAGGUGCGACAAGGAAUUUUGAGCCCUGGCGUGAGCAGGAUGAGGUGUUGGACAAUGAGAAAAGGAAGAGAGAGGCUGAAGAGAUGGGCGAUGCCAUGAAGUCCUUGGAGAAUAGGACGUUGGAUUCUAAGAGAGAGAUGGAUAUUCUUGCUGCGCUCGAUGAGAUGAAAUCCAUGAGGUCUCGACAUGCGACUGUGAGCGUAGAUGCAAUGCUAGAGGCCUUACAACGUACAUCUGCUGCAAAGGAAAAGAAAUUGGAGGAAGAGGAUGAAGCGCUUAUUAAAUCGAUAGUAUUCCAUACAUCCAAAGAUUAUGUCCGUAGGAUCGAAGAUGAAGAUUCUGAGGAUGAGGAUGAGGAAGAUCUAUCUCCACCUUCUGCUGGUAAUGACGAAUCAGUGAACAGUACUCUCAAGAAGAAAAAGUUGUCUGAGGAAUUUCCGGACAAGCCAACAGAUUUCUUGACAAAAGCUACUUCAAGUGACAUCUCAAAUGACAAAGGAAAUUUUGUUGGUUCGAGAGACCAGAGCGAGAGAAAACUGCUUGUCAAUUCUUCUGUGCGGAUUGCUGUAGUAAAGAAAGCUGCUCCAACCUCCAGAAUUAGUGCUUCAGCAAAAAUCGAAGAGACUAAAAAAGAAGCGGAUAAGAAUGGUGGUCUAAGCAUUGGACUACAAUCAUUGUGUCAAAGCUAUGGAAGUAGCGACGAUGACGAUUGAAUUUUGGGUUUAGGUGCAAAUGAUAUGAUUCAUUUUCUCUCUGUAUUAGUAGAAAGCUUUUUCAGCUCGCUGGUAAUUUUAUGAUUUAAGGGAAUAUAAAUGUGAAGUCUAUGCACGACAACGAUUUUCCCAUUAAAAUUUUCUUCUGGGUGCAUACUUUCCUUACGGUUUUGCAAUCUACAUUGGGCUUUUUGUUCUCAACACCGGACUGAUAUAAUAGUCAGAUUCAUGACCUGUUUUUGACCAACACCAGCCAGAGAGUUGAAUAGGGCUCCUAAUUAAAUUUAACACUUUGUUUUUCGCUGGGUAA